AGUGUGUAGUAAGCGUGAUAAGAGUGUAGAGGUGUAGAAGAGGAGCAGUGAUGGCGGCGAGCCCCUGCCAGGGAGGUGAGCAGUGAUGGCGCCCACCGUCAGGAGCCGGGGAGGACCCCACACCAGGAAGGAGAAGGAACUCCUCAAGCGGCAGGCCAGUAGUAAAGAAGCGCUUCCUGUCCCUGACAAGGUUGCUGAAAACAUUGGCCGACGAGUAAGUUCCAGGAAGCAGAACAAGGAACAUGCAGGAGCCAAUGUCGUGGGUGUCGUGGAGCCCUGGACACCUGGCUCAUACACAGCCCUCAAAGCCUUACUCUCAGCCCGUCUAUGUGCUGCCAUAUGGGCUCUGAUUAACGAUUGUGAUGAAACGUACAACUAUUGGGAGCCUACACACUUCUUGUUGUAUGGAAAAGGAUUCCAAACGUGGGAAUAUGCUCCUCAGUAUGCCCUCCGCUCCUACACCUACAUCCUCAUCCAUGCAGUUCCUGGCUGGAUAUAUUCCAAUCUGUUGCAAUCGAACCGCAUGCUUGUAUUCUUCUUUAUACGGUGCAUGCUGGCCUUGGGCUGCUCAGGCUGUGAACUCUACUUUUACAGAGGAAUAUGUAAGGAAUUUGGAGCAAAUGUUGGCAGGGUGACACUGGGCAUCUUGGUAUUUUCUGCUGGCAUGUUUAUUUCCUCAACAGCAUAUCUGCCCUCCAGCUUUGCUAUGUACAUGACAUUGAUGUCUAUGGGAGCUUGGUAUCACCAGUCUUAUGAGCUUGCCAUAUUUACUACAGCCGUGUCAACCUUCCUUGGCUGGCCCUUUGCUGGAGCUAUAGGGAUUCCAAUUGCUUAUGACAUUGUGUUUCGAAAGAAGCAAGUUAUGAUGUUCAUCAAAUGGUGCAUCAUCUCUGCUGGUACAGUUUUGAUACCCAUGAUUCAGAUCGAUUCUCAGUACUUUGGACGUUUAGUGAUUGCUCCACUCAACAUUGUGGUGUACAACAUCUUCACUUCUCAUGGCCCAGACUUGUAUGGUACAGAACCAUGGACUUUCUAUAUCUUCAAUGGUUUCCUCAACUUUAACAUUAUAUUUUUAGCAGCACUAGCUUCACUCCCUGUAUAUGGCGUGAUGUCAUAUGUGAUGCAACUACCAAAGAAGAAUAGUGCGUAUCUUCCCUUGUGGUUGAGCCUGUCUCCCAUGUACCUGUGGCUGAGCAUCUUCAUGUUGCAGCCACACAAGGAGGAGCGCUUCCUCUUCCCUGUGUACCCUCUCUUCUGUCUCUCGGGAGCUGUUACUGUUGAUUGCUGUCAGAAGCUGUGGUCAUUACUCUUGACAGUAAAGCGCCAGCACUAUUUGAAUCACACCAACUGGCUUGCCCUCACUGUUGUCAUCAUCACUUCCACACUUGGUGUUUCACGCAUUGUUGGCCAGUAUAGAGCAUACCAUGCACCACUAGAAACCUUCAUGGAGUUGAAUCGGCUGGCAGCCGAGGAAGGCUUUCCGUCAGACCGCACCAUUAAUGUGUGUGUGGGCAAGGAGUGGCACAGGUUUCCCUCGUCUUUUUUUCUUCCUGGCUUAAAUUGGAAUCUUCAGUUCAUUGAAAGUGAAUUCAGAGGUCAGUUACCAAAGCCCUAUUCCAAAGAAGCCAAUGGGACUAGCAUUAUUCCUGAUAAAAUGAAUAAUGCAAAUAUUGAGGAGAAAUCCAGAUAUGUGUCACUGAGCAAUUGCCACUUUCUGGUAGACCUGGACAGAGAGGAGGAAACGGCAAGAGAGCCUCGUUACUCAAAACGCACUUCGGAGUGGACUGUGCUGCUUACUGUACCGUUCAUGGAUGCUGCCAGAUCUCAUCGAUUUUUCCGUGCUUUUUAUGUUCCCUUCCUCACCGAGCGACACUGCACGUACAUUAAUUACACUCUGAUGAAAUCCACCAAAUGGAAACCCAAAAGUAAAUAUGCUGGGCAUUUAUAGUAACAAUAGCGGGAUUAGUGUGUGUGUGUGCGUGUAAUAUGUAUGAAUGUAACAUGUGUUUCUAAGAAGAAAAAAACUUUAAAAACUGUCGGUUACCUGGCUAUUAUUCCAGCACUGGUGAAGCAGAGGACUUGGGCCAACUGUGAUUAGUGCAAAAGUAAUUUAAACCAGCUUUGUAUAUUGCAACUUGGUCUAUUGUUGUCCACCUACGCAUUUUUUUUUUUAUAUUCAUUGGACUCCUAAGUUUGUAAUAUAUUAACAUUAAGGAAUGUUUAAUAAAAAGAUUUAUUAUUUAACAUGACUAUUUUUGCUUUUGAUGGAAUGUUUAUAAAGUGAGAAUCUGUUUGCCUUAUAAAUGUCGCAUGUUAAUUCACAUACAGUACUGUAAUGUUCUUGCAAAAAAAAAAUUGAUGUGACUGCUACCAUUCUUGAGAUGAUUAUCUUGAGAUGAUUGUGUUUAUACUGUGUGUAGAUUUUCCAUAUUUGUAAAUCUAUUGGUUAAGAAAAGCUUAGUCUAUUUGGCAAAAGAGAUGGCAUCACAAGUGUUAUUCAUCUUUAGUGUGCAUUGAUCAUUGAAAUUAAAAAUUGUCCCCAAUAGAACAUUUUACUUGCGCUGAAGUACCUGUAGCUAGGCAGUCGAACAUUCCGUUUGAACCACCAGUAUUGUUUAAUAUGCAUGAUGGGAGAUUACCAGUGUUGGGGUGGGAGUGUGCAUGCUGGUGAUUGUCCAACUACCACUUUCAUUGGUCAUCAUAGAAGGGUUUGGUUGGUCAUCGAGCAGAUUCUAUCUAGAAAGGAAAUGCUAAUUUUUUUUUGUGUGUGUGUGUGUGUGUGUGUGUGUGUGUGUGUGUGUGUGUGUAUUCAGGCACAGGCUCAUUCAUACACACUUUCAUUCAUACAUGUACUAAAUUUAUUGAUAUUUAAAUCACGGGUGUAAAAAUGCAUGCUUACUCUUUCAUUAUCUUCAUCUCCCUCUUCCUCUCUCUCCCCCUCUUCCUCCUCUUCCCUCUCUCCCAUCUUCCUCCUUCUUUUCCCUCUUCCUCCUCAUUUUCCCUCUUCUUUUCCUUCUUUCCCACUUUCUCCUUCCACAUAUCCCCUUCCGAGUUCUCUCUCUCCCCCCUUCCAUUUUCCCCUUUCCACUCUCCCCUUCCAAGUCCCCUUUCCAACUCUCCCCUUCCAAGUCCCCUUUCCAACUCUCCCCUUCCGUGUCCCCUUUUCAUCUUCCAUAUCCCUUUUCCCAUAUCUCCUUAUCCUUUUUUAUCCCCUAUUUAUCCUCCUGGCAUCUCUAUCUCCCAUAGCAUUUUCUCCCUCCAUUCUUUCUGCAUUUUUCUUUUCUCCAUUUCACCUGCACCAUCAGUCACAAUCUCUGUUGUUUCUGUUAGGUAGUAAGUUUUCGGGUAAACAGCUGCUUCUCUGACCAAGAAGCUUUGUAUGGUUAAUUAUGAUUGGACAAUAUUUUGAAAGAAAUCAUCAUUUACUUUUCAUGUAAUCAUUUCUUUAAAGAUGAAAAUACCAGUUAAUAAUGAAGAGAAUUUUUCAGUAUUUUUUUAUUAACCAUUCAAAUGCCAUUGUAAUAUUUACAAUAAUACAAGUACUGUACUAGUAAUUAUUACAUAUUUGUAUAAAUUAAGGAACUUGGUUUGUAAGGUUUUGUAAAAUAAAUUUGAUGAA